CCCCGAAACCUCAAGACCCUCCAGCAUAGGCGGCGAUCCCAGCUGCUUCCGGCGCGCAUUCAGGAGUCGCUCGGCCAUCACUGUUGCGUCGUGCUAAGGCACGUUCCAAGCUCCCACCAAGCCUCGACGGCGCCUGUCGCAACUAGCAGUGCUCCUCUCCUCCUCUCCAACGCAUCCCAGCCCUCGCCGUGCCUCACCACAUCUUUCGCCCGCAUAUCGCUUUAUCGUCUCCUCCUGACUGGCCUGCGCUGAUUGGCGCCGUGCAAGGAUUAAAAUGCCAGAACCAAACCUCGCCCUCGACCUGUCCGCCUCCUCCUACUCCUCCCUCUCUGCCAACAAUCUGUCGUCGAACAACCCCUUCCGCAACCGCGCUGCGUCGCCGCACGCGCCCUCUCGUGGCGUCUCCACGCCCAACAGCGGUAACCGGCCCGUAUCCAAGAACCCCUUCCUCGCCGCGUUCGAGGACGAGCCGCCCGCCCAGCCCAAUCCCAAUUCCUCCUUUCUGAUCGACAUGUCCGCCACCGUCCAGGAGUCGCCCAAAAAGGCGACGUUUGGCACCAGCGCAGAGGAGCUCUUCAGCAACAUGUCCUUGAACGAUACUUCUGGAAAGAAAGGACUCGGCCAGAGACCUGCGCCUCCACGACCUGCACCUCACCGAUCCGGCACCCUUCCGCUGGCAGGGCACCGCCCGUCUCGAUCAGGAGAAGAAGAAAAGAUGCGGGGCGCACCGCGUGGACCGUCACGACCGCGGGGACCACCAGCACCGCGGAAUGGCCUUGGAAGUCCUGACAGAUCCAACAACAGGCGCCCGCGGCGCAAUUCCGAUUCUUCGAUCAUUGACAGAAGGUCCUUGGACGUCGAAGAGGAACGUAAGCGCAGAGAGCGGCGAAGAGAGAGGGAGGCCAAGGGAAAGGAUGGCAAGUCGAGGUCUCACAGGCCAAAGAAACCCCAUGGACUCGAUUUGAUCGACAAACUGGAUGUUUCUGGCAUUUAUGGACCCAGCUUGUUCCACCACGACGGCCCAUUCGAUGCUUGCAAUCCCCAUCGCAAUCGGAGGAAGGACCACCGCGCACCGAUGGAGGCGUUCCCCACGAAUUCUGCUAACAACGCCAUCGGCGGGUCUGGCCCGGUCAAUAAGAACAUUGAUCUCGAGAAAUUCCACGGACGAGGGGCUGAGGGCUUCACGGAUUUUGCACGAAGCGGGAAUGCCGAGACUGAGCAAUACAAGAAGCGCCCUUCGCUCGAAGGCCGAACAGCGUCAUUCAAUCCCAAGGGCAGCAUCGAGCCCAUUCACGGCGAAGAAACCUAUGGCCUUGGCACUUCUACCUUCUUAGAAGGCGCUCCUGCCUCACGCACUGCUAUUCAACAACGCCAAAUGGACGACGCUGCAGCAGCUCAGAAUGGUGGACUCGGACGCAAGAAGUCGAUUGCACAGCGCAUUCGAGGUAUCUCCCAGCCGCGCCGUACUGGAUUCGGCGAGGGAGGCCCGCGUAUCACGAGUCCCGAGUCGCGCUAUGAUUUUCGGCCGGGCGGAUCGAAUGCAAUGAGGACGCCGGGCAGUCCACCGGAGCCACCGCCAAAGGGCCUUCAGAGUGCUGGCGGCUACAAUAAAGUAAACGAGUCGAAUCCAUUCUUUGAUGAUUACGACGAAGCGUACGACAGGAAGGUCACCACGAUCAAGGUUGCAGAAACCGAAGGCAAUGAUGCAUCCAGGCCAUCAGGGUGGUCUCCAACUUCCCCAUCACGCGGAAACGGCCUGGAAAAGCGGGUGACUGCUGACAGCUCUGACGGCAUGGGCGACAGCAACAAACCCACCAACGGUUUCCUCAAUCGCGUAAAGAGCUUGAAGGGUGGGCGGCGGACGAGGCCUGAGAGACGGCCAUCGUGAGACCCGCCCUGACGCGGUCGGGGGUGUUCCAAUAGACUUGCUUUGUGGUCAUUAGCGCAGCACCCCGACUCGAUUUGGGCUCCUAACAAUGGAGGAAAGCUGUCAGCAACCGGUGUGCUCAGUUGUGCAGGAGACUGGCGGGCCAGGGGUGCAACACUGCGGGCCAUUGUCAACCCUAUUUCUGCUUUGCAUACGCUUGCUUCUAUCUCCUUUGUAAGCUGGUUCUUCUUUUCCUUCUGGAGUAUACGGUGAAGACGGGCGGUCGGCUUGUGUGACGGAUCUUCUUUCCUAGUGCACUGGAUAUUGGUUGACUGGGCUGCAAUAGUGCGUACCAGGCACAGAAAACUUCUUUUCGGACAUGGUCAUUGUCUACGAUUGUUACGCAAGUGAAGGUCGUGUGGAUUGACCGGGACAUACUAGAUUAUCGUUGAUUCAAAGAUAUGAACUCUCUCGCUGCC